AGGGCCGAGAAGUUGCGAGUGUUGGAAUCUGGAAUAAAUUUAUAAAGUUACGCUUCUUACGGGAGCACCGUGUGAAAGCGGUCUCGGAAAUUAACAAUAAAAUCCAACAAAACUGUUCAUAAGUUAUACAAAAUAUUGAUUGAGUUUGGUUGUCAGCUUAGCUAUGCCACCAACUUCAGAAGGACACAAUAUGAAUAUGGGACCGGGGCAUAUGGGGAUGGGAGUAGGAACAAUAUCAUUGGCUACAUUGAUUGAUUUUAUAGUACAAAGAACUUACCAUGAGCUUGUUGUCUUGUCAGAAAUCCUUCCAAGGAAAACUGAUAUGGAGAGGAAGAUAGAGAUAGUGCAGUAUGCCAGUCGUACCAGACAGUUAUUCAUACGUCUUCUCGCAUUGGUCAAGUGGGCUAAUAGUGCCAGUAAAGUGGAUAAAUGUGUGGAGAUUUGUAACUUUCUGGAGCAACAAUCUAUGUGGUUUGUAGAGACAGCUGAUACCUUGUCUAGAAUGUCCAGAGAGACCCUUGUCAAUGCCAGGUUACCAAAUUUCUCAUUACCCUGUGCAAUUGAUGUGUUGACGCUGGGCACAUAUCCAAGACUCCCAAAAUGCAUCAGAGAAAAAAUAGUCCCACCUGACCCAAUUACGCCUACAGAGAAGAAGCAAGUUCUUCAGAGACUAAACCAGGUCAUUCAGUACAGGCUUGUUUCAUGUGAGUUACCACAGCAGAUGAGAAAACUCAAAAUUGAAAAUGGGCGUGUCAAGUUUUUAGUGGAGAAUGAGUUCCAGGUGACAUUGACCUUGAUGGAGGACAGUCCUGUGAUACCAUGGCGACUGUUAGAUAUUGACAUCUUAGUGGAGGAUCAUGAAACUGGUGAUGGAAAGGCAUUGGUUCACAGUCUACAGAUAGGUUAUAUACACAGACUGGCACAGUCUAGAUUACUUGACAAUGACAAGCCCCUACAUGACUUAUACAGAGUGCUUCAUUCAUUCUGUCAAUCAUUACAACUUGAAGUUCUCAACUCACAGACACAGAAAUUGAUCAGAGAAAGAUUGGGUGAUUCUCUCAGUAUAGACGAGUAUGCUAUGGGAAAAUGUCUGACAGUUUCCUACUGGAAGGAUCAUACAAAGAAAGAAAAGGAGAAACAACAAGAUGCUAUAAGAUAUAAGCUGUCCGUACAUGUGAAUGAAGAGGACGAUGCCAAACAAUUAUGUGUUUCCCAUGUUCCCUCUAUGUUACCAGACGAGUGUCGAAGAAUUGGCCUAACUAUACAAAGUGAACAUCUUUCCAUAGAGAAAUUACUCAUGCAGACUAUUGAGGUCAGAACAAGGUCAAAGUUAAAGGAUUUGUCCUACUCCAUUCAAAGAUUUAUAGAAGGCAAAUGUGAGAUCAAAGAUUUACCCCUUGCUUUACACGUGCCUGUAGUAUAUCCGUGUACGUCUUCGGAACAGCUGCGUAUAACUGUAGAUGCUCAGAGAGGAAUAUUACUGGCUUCAUUACCUUCUCUAGAAUUACCAGUCAUGCAGGAUCUUGAAGAGACUCUGAAUGGAGAUAGAAAAAAUAUACAGAAACAUCUUGUAAGCUUGAGGUUACAGAUGACUAUAUUACGUUGUGACAAGUCUGUGAACUGUCUACAUACAGAAGCUUGUCACAGUUUACCAUUAGUGAACCAGGUAGACCAUGGUCUAGAUGAUCUACCUAAACACAGACUUUAUGUUCCUGUACCAAAACAACCAAACCAUUAUGUGGUUGCGUGUGUAGAGGAUAAUCCACCUAGAUCUGUAGAACUGACCUAUCAUCUACUAGAGACAGCACCUUGUCCAGCAGAGGGAACUGAAGUUGAGAUUGGGGAGGAUAACUCUGUCAAAACUUUCCUUAAAGCUGUUAGACUUGUUCCCCUUGAUACAUUUGCCUUCACAAAUGGUCCAUACACCAGUAUAUAUAAAGAACCUGAAGAAUCAGAGAUUGAAAGUUUCCAUAGAAAAAGAAAGUUGUUACUUGGAGAGUACCUUGAGCCUGUUGGGAAGAAACAGAAGACAUCACCAUAUUUUGUAACAGAUCUAGUACAUGUUGUGGCAGCAUGUGAAGAGAAACUACCAUUUGUGUUCCUAGGAGAAGAGUUGAAAGAACAAGGUAUUUUACACACUAACAUACAAGUGGACAAAGAGGCUAUGGGUCUUGUAAUGGACAUUAUACAUUUCCCGGAUGUACCUGGUGUUAAGAAGGCUGAUUGUAAUGCAUUUAGGAAAUGUUUGCUGUCAUGUAAAGUCAGAAGUGUAACAAAACCAGCUCGAUUCUGGCAGAUUGAGUUCUUGUUCACUAAUGACCUGAUGCCAACUCAGUGUCCAAAGGAGGCAGGGCCAACACAGCGUGUCAUUUGUUGCUAUGAGAGACAUUCCGACAAUCAUCAGAAAACAGUGAAGGAAGUAUGGGAUGAAUGGACGUCCAUGUGCAAUCUUUAUUCCAUUGUUAAACCUUUCUCAGCCAUGAUAACAGAUGAUCAGACUGGUGUACAGGGGAUAACAAAUGUGAAGUCUUACAACUACAAGAGAUUAACUGUGCUAUAUGGUCCUGGAUAUCCUAGUCUUAUGCAUGUAUAUUGGAAGUGCGAUCAGAAGCAGUUUGUUUUAUCACUAGGUAGAGAAGGUCAAGCUAGUCCCAUGAACCCCCAUGUUAUCAUGGCAACUCAACUACAACAUGACCUUAACACAUCAAGGUCACUGUCUUAUGUUUUACAGAUUCUACAUGAUACAUGGUCACCAAUGAAUUCUCUUCACAAGUUAUCAUCAGCUGUAAUACUUGGUGUUGGCACAUACCCAAGACAGUCCACACAGGGUUUUACUGUGUUACCACAGUCAUCUACACAUGUUAGAAUCUCUUACAGAAACAAUUAUUGUUUAGAUGUACAUUUCCGUGGUAACAAAGCUGUUGCCAUUAGAGAUGGUGCUUACAGUUUGUUUGAUACAAGUAAGGCAACUGAGGGAUUUACACCUAUACCAAUGCUGAAGGCUUUCCUAGGAAUGUUUGUUGAUGAUUCAGUAACAGGAAGUAAUGUUCAUCGACGUUCAACAACAGAGGACGACAAUCCUCCGUCUCCGAUGGUAAACCUUGAUAACAUGGAUGUAUUCAAUAUAUCACAAUCUCAUCAGUCAACGGGCUCGCCAGGUGGUAGAAGAGCCGAGCAGAUUGCACCUUCACCAUCCACAUUUAUUGGUACCCCAUCACCAGGCAACAUUCUAGCAGCUGGUUCCCCUAGUAACCCACAGUUACAUGUGCCAUCCCCUGGGUCAUUUGUCCCAGCUCCAUCUCCUAGUUCACUUGGUAUACACAUGCAGUCACCUGCCAGCUCAUUCAUCAGUCCUCAAGGUAUGGGAGACAGUGGGUCACCUUAUCCCAACACUGGUCUUGCUAUGCCAUCUCCAGGGCAGAGAAACUGGCCAAACUCGCCAUCCAUCCAGCCAUCACCUGUCUCACGUCAUGGUAUGGUUGCCUCACCAGGGCAUCCAACCCUGCACUCACCACAAACACAACUUAAAGAUGACCAUGGUAAAGCAUCAGUAAUGAGUCCGCCAUCAAGAACUUUACCACAGAGAGCGUGGGCCGCCUCCACGCCAACGUUACUAUCCCAUGAAGCAUUUGACAACCUGUUGAAGCAGACGUCAUUACAACAGUUACCAUACCAUGUACCAUUGUCUCCACUAGAACGCUUCCUCGGCUGUAAAUUCUUAAGAAGGCAUAUAGCUCGAGUUAUUCUUCAAGAGAAACAUUUGACAAAUAUACAAGCCCCGGAGCCUGGUGUGAAUGUGUUUAAGGCAGAAACUCUUCAGUUUAGAGUGUCGCUAAAUUCUUCUACCCUACAGUCACUGCAUAUGAAAAUACAACCUUUACCAGAAUACAUGGAUCAAUGGUCCCAGGAAGAGAUUCAGAUAUUUGAAAAGUAUUUUGACCUUAAGGUUGCUUGUCCACCAUACAAGUCUAAUUCCUUGACAGCUUUCAGUAGAUUGUUGAAGGCACAGAUUAGAAUAUUGAAAGAUGUUAUACAAAUUAUGAGGCUAGAGCUGAUGCCAAACCAAGAUCGUAGUUUGAAAUGGUCGGUACAACUUUUGUUGACAGUACCACCAGCGUAUGCUCACAUGGCACCAGCGGGCACUCCAGCUAUUGUUGUUGUCCAGAAAAUGAUUCUUAUGUUACAGUUGACAAGAAUUAAUGUCCCAAUACCACAACAGCAGCCACAGCAACAACAACAACCUGACCCUCAGACGAUCACAAUACCACUGUUAUACAACAUACAAGACAACACCAUCACCCUUGUGGAGAAAGGACCCACUCUUCCCAAUGCUAACCUUCAACAAGUCUCGCAACAUCUGAAGAGAUUCAUGGAGCGCUUUCACUCCAGUGCUGAAUGUGCUAUUUAUCCAGCUGUCAGAGAAUUACUUACAAAUUUAGUGCUUACAUAAAAGUAUGAUGAAAAUUCAGUGCUUUCAUGAAAGAAUGAUGAAAAUUUAGUGCUUACAUAAAAGUAUGAUGAAAAUUCAGUGCUUUCAUGAAAGAAUUAUGAAAAAUUAGUUCUUACAAGAAAGUGAAAUGAAAAUUAAGUUCUAACAUGAAAGUGAAAUGAUAAUGCACUUCUUACAUGAAAGUGAACAAAAGUUUAGUGCUUACAUGAAAGUGAAUUGAAUAUUUAGUUCUUACAUGAAAGUGAAAUGAUUGUUAUUGAUUUCUGACAAGUAAACAAAAUCAUUUUCUGACAUAUUGGAAUUAUCAAAUUGACCAUUUUAAGAAAUGAAUUUCUGUGAAAGUACUUUUGCCAUUGCAAAACUUUCCCAGGCACAUCAAAACUGGUUUUAAGCAGAUUUAAAGUGGUUAGUGCACUAUAUUAUAUCUCUCUGUAUCAUUUUGAUGUAUCAUAGAUGUGUACAUAAAAAUGUUGAGUCAAUUAUUAUACAUACACUGUAUUGUAAAUUGUGAAGGAAAGUUUAGCAAGUACUCGGCAAAAUGUGUGUUUUUUAUGCCCCCGCCAUGUAAUGGCCGGGGCAUAUAGUGUUACCCUGUUCCGUCCUUCCAUCCUUCCGUCAUUCUGUCAUUCCGUCAUCAUCAGUUUCCUUUCAUUAUCUUAAGAAUGGUUGCACACAUUCAACUCAAAUUUGACAUAUGGAUAUGUCAUGAGAAAAUACAGGUCAAGUUCGAAUUUGGUCAUGGUUCAAUGAUUUUUGGCAGAGUUAUGCCCCUUUCACUUUGAAAGUAAUAUGAAAUUUUCAGUUUCCGUUUAUUAUCUCCCCAAUGGUACAACACAUUCAACUCAAAUUUGACAUAUGGAUAUGUUUUUGGAAUGCCCAGGCCAAGUUCGAGUUUGGUCAUGGUUCAAUGAUUUUUGUCAGAGUAAUGCCCCUUUCACUUUGAAAAUAAUAUGAAAUUUACAGUUUCUGUUCAUUAUCUACCCAACAGUGUUACAUAUUCAACUUAAAUUUGACAUAUGGAUAUGUCAAAGGAAUGGGCAGGUCAAGUUGGAAUUUGGUCAUGGUUUGAUGUUUUUUUGGCAGAGUUAUGUCCCUUUCACUUUGAAAAUAAUAAAGAUACAUCUUAGGAAUAAGCAGUUUAAGUUUGAAUUUGGUUGUAGUUCAAUGAUUUAAGACAAACUUAUCUUUCCUAAAUGUUGGAAAAAUUUUGAACUUUCACUUUCAGCACUCUUACUUUUAGCCAUUAUUUUGGCUACAAAUAUGCAAUAUGCUAUUUUUAAAAGGUUUAGACUGAAUAAUUUCAGUGCCUUGAACAUUGUAUGAAAAUGGUUUGUGUUAACAUUGAAAAGUUUUAAGGGCUUUGAACUUAAAAUGAAAAAAAUGAUUAAAGCACCAUCUGAAAUUUUGGCUGCAUGCGGGGGCAUCCGUGGCAUGAUGACACAUUUCUAGUUCCAAACUGAUCUCCUGGUACAAACAAACUUUUGCUGUUAUAGCUUUAUGGUGUACAUCCAUUCACAAUUGAUUACUCACCUGGUUAAAGUUGUAACUGUAAAAGUUUGUUUUUAAUCCCCAGAUUAGCUGGGAAAACUCAAAUACUUCCGGAGUAAGUUUAUUAAUGUGUAGCUGUUAAUAACAAUUUGCAAGCGUUUCAAAGCUACCCACUCGAUCUACUUUAUUAGAUUAAAAUAAUUAUAUGUGUAAAUAUAUAGCAAUUAUACAUGUUGUUAAAAUGAAAGAAAUGGAAAACAAGAAGUGGAGUACAGGAGCACAAGUGUCCUACAUUGUAAAGGGAUAAGAUUUGAGAAUUAUAAUGAAGAUUUUAUGUAUGCUACAUUAAAAUUCCUUCUAGAAUUUUUUUUCCAACUGAAAAUUUUGGAUACUAGAGGUGAUAUUGAUUUGUCUAUGGCACAGUUAUAUAAACAGGCUAGUGGUUAUAUAAACAGGCUAGUGUACAGGUCAUAUAUCCAUGCAGUCUGACCAGACUGGUAAACUGUAUGUAUCAUGAAAUUCCUUACAUUAACAGAUUACUGUAUGAAAUUCAAUAAAUUCAGCUUAGUCAAGGUUGACAUUAUAAUAGUUGUUUGUAAUAACGGUGAUAAUGAUUUACAAUAAUUUAAUAUUUAAUUAAGUCUUGUAUUUGUUUUGAUUUAUCUUCAUUUUGAUAUAAAUUUGAAAGAUUUUGUAUAAUAGAAUAUAUGAUUCUGUAGUAGAAUAAAGUGCUAUAAAAUCA